GAAAUCUCAACUACCCCAAAGAUUUUAUUUCAAGAAAAUGCUGAAAUCAUGGGCCAUUUUACUCCUACUCAAAAAUCUCUACGCCUCUUUUCAACUUCAGCAAAAUCAAUUGGAACUCACUCACUACUCACUUCAUCUCUCAAAAUAAUAAUAAUAAAUGGAUUGAUUCCCAGGAAUUGAUCUAGUCAUCUCCAAAUUAUAAUAUAUGAAAAUUAUUCUUUUGGAACAUUUCCAAGUUUUAAUUAUAUUAUUUUAAAGAUGAAAGUGGAUUCCAUGUUUUGUUCAAAAACCAGAGUUGAAGUUGAAAAUUCUUGAUACAAGUAUUUUCCUGGUAUAUAAAUUCACAUAAUAAAGAAUGGCUGUGGCUGAUUUACAUGGGCUGAUGUCAAUGUCUUCUGGCAUCCAAUUAUCGCGCCAUGACAAGUUUCUGUCUUCGCGGUUUGCUGGCGAAAAAGUGGGAAUUAGCUCGGUUUCUGGUUCUCAAAUUGGAAAGAUUAAUUUUCCCCGGAAAAUGUGUAAUAAAGCAACAACUCGGUUCUUGACUACUUCUGUCCUGGCUGAUGUUGCUAAAGAUUUUAUGAACUGCGAGGCUCCGGUGCUUGUGAAACCAGAAGCAGAUCCAAAGACGGUUGCAUCUAUUAUAUUAGGUGGUGGAGCGGGGACAAGAUUGUUUCCUCUUACUCGUAGAAGGGCUAAACCAGCUGUACCAAUUGGGGGAUGCUAUAGAUUGAUUGAUGUUCCAAUGAGUAAUUGCAUCAACAGUGGAAUCAACAAAAUUUACAUCCUUACGCAGUUCAAUUCUCAGUCUCUCAAUCGUCAUAUUGCUCGAACAUAUAAUUCGGGAAAUGGUGUAAACUUUGGCGAUGGAAUUGUUGAGGUUUUAGCAGCCACUCAAACACCUGGGGAAUCUGGAAAGAAGUGGUUUCAGGGCACAGCUGAUGCUGUAAGACAGUUCCUCUGGUUGUUUGAGGAUGCAAAACAUAGCCACAUUGAGAAUAUUCUGAUAUUAUCUGGCGAUCAUCUCUAUCGGAUGGAUUACAUGGACUUUCUGCAGAAGCACAUUGAUUCUGGUGCUGACAUUACAGUCUCUUGUCUCCCUGUAGAUGACAGCCGCGCCUCUGAUUUUGGGUUGGUAAAGAUUGAUGCGACAGGGCAGAUCAAUCAAUUUCUUGAGAAGCCCCAGGGAGAAAGUUUGAAAUCUAUGAGAGUAGAUACAAGUGCUCUAGGAUUAUCAGAGGCAGAUGCAAAGAAGCUCCCAUACAUUGCAUCAAUGGGAAUUUAUAUGUUCAAGACGGAUGUUCUGCUUAAACUUUUAAGGUGGCACUAUCCAACAGCCAAUGAUUUUGGAUCAGAAAUAAUUCCAUUGUCUGCAAAAGACUAUAAUGUUCGGGCGUAUCUAUUCAAUGACUACUGGGAGGACAUUGGUACUAUAAAAUCCUUCUUUGAUGCCAACUUGGCUCUAACUGAUCAGCCUCCCAAGUUUCAGUUCUUUGAUCCACUCAAACCAAUCUUCACAUCUCCCAGGUUUCUACCGCCAACUAAAAUAGAGCAGUGCCGGGUAAAGGAUUCCAUAAUUUCACACGGUUGCUUUUUAAGAGAAUGCAGCGUCGAACAUUCCAUUGUUGGGGUUCGCUCAAGACUAGAAUAUGGGGUUGAGCUGAAGGAUACGAUGAUGAUGGGUGCUGAUUAUUACGAAACUGAGGCAGAGAUAGCAGCUGCUUUAGCUGGAGGAAAAGUUCCAAUAGGUGUUGGCCAAGAUACCAAAAUAACGAACUGCAUAAUUGACAAGAAUGCAAGAAUUGGGAAGAAUGUGGUGAUAGCAAACAAAGAUCAUGUGGAAGAGGCAGAGAGACCAUCUGAAGGAUUCUACAUUAAAUCAGGAAUAACUGUAGUGGUGAAAAACUCUGUUAUAAAGGAUGGGACAAUCAUAUAGUAUUAAUUUUUUUCUUGAAGGCAAAAUGGGGCAUCAUACAUACAUGUAGAUUAGAGAUCAGGGUCAUCUUUUUUCUAGGUUCAAUAAGCUUAAGCAGCAUUAAUUCAUUGAUCAUCAUGUACUUAAAUUAUUAUUUUUUGGGAUUUUUCAUUCAAUAGAUGAUAGUUUGGUA